GUGGGGUCGAGGAGUGCCCGCGCAGGCGCGCUCCCGAGCGAGGGGGGCAGAGCCGGAGCCGCAGGAGGGAGAGGAGCGGGCGAGGGCGCGCUCGGCGGGACGCUCGGGGGGGGGGGGGGCGCCAUGGACCCCCCGCCGAUGGGGGCGGUGGGGGUCGUGCUGGUGCUGGGGGUGGUGCUGGUGACGGUGUUCGGGGGGCGUCUGCGCUGGCUGCCCGCCGACCUGGCCUUCGCCGUGCGGUCCCUGCGCUGCAAGCGGGCCCUGCGGGCGGCGGCGGCCCGGGCGGGGGCGGGGAGCGGGGCGGGAGGCUGCAGCCUGGGCUGGCGUCUAGCGCAGCUGUCCCGGGAGCAGCCGGACCGCGCCUUCCUGCUGCACGGCGGCCGGCGCUACAGCUACGCGCAGGCGGAGCGCAGCACCAACCGCGCCGCGCGCGCCUUCCUCCGCCGCCACGCGGAGGGCGAGGCCGGGGAGGCCCGGGAGGAGGCCGGGGAGGCCGGCGCCGUGGUGGCCCUGCUGCUGCCGUCCGGGCCCGAGUUCGUGUGGCUGUGGCUGGGGCUGGCCAAGGCCGGGCUCCGGGCCGCCUUCCUGCCCGCCGCCCUGCGCAGGGCCCCGCUGCUGCACUGCCUCCGGACCUGCCGCGCAGGCGCGCUCGUCGUGGCGCCAGAGUUCCUGGAGAGCCUGGAGCCGGACCUGCCCGCCCUCCGGUCCCUGGGGCUGCGGCUGUGGUCGGCGGGCCCCGGCCCCGCCUCCUCCCCGCUGCCCGCCGGCUUCAACGACCUGCUGGCGCAGAUGGAGGAGGAGGGGGAGGCCCCGCUGCCCGGGCACCUGUCGGCCCCCGCGGACAUGCUGGACGCCAGCCUCUACAUCUUCACCUCGGGCACCACCGGGCUCCCCAAAGCCGCCCGCGUCAGCCACCUCAAGGUGCUGCAGUGCCAGGGCUUCUAUCGGCUGUGCGGGGCCACGCGGGACGACGUCAUCUACCUGGCCCUCCCCCUCUACCACAUGUCGGGCUCCCUGCUGGGCAUCGUGGGCUGCCUGGGCAUCGGGGCCACGGUGGUGCUGAAAACCAAAUUCUCGGCCAGCCAGUUCUGGGACGACUGUCGUGCCCACGGGGUCACCGUGUUCCAGUACAUCGGCGAGCUCUGCCGCUACAUCGUCAACCAGCCGCCGAGUCCCAGCGACCGGGCCCACAAGGUGCGCCUGGCGGUGGGCAGCGGUUUGCGGCCGGACGUGUGGGAGCGUUUCCUGCGGCGGUUUGGGCCGCUGCGGGUGCUGGAGACCUACGGGUUGACCGAGGGCAACGUGGCGCUCUUCAACUACACCGGCCGCCCGGGCGCCGUCGGCCGCGACUGCUGGCUUUACAAGCGGUUCUCCCCUUUCUCGCUGAUUCGCUACGACGCGGCGGCUGGUCAGCCCCUCAGAGAUGCCCGGGGGCUCUGUGUGCCCAUGGCUGAUGGGGAGCCGGGGCUGCUGGUGUCCCCGGUGAGCCCGACCUCCCCGUUCCUGGGGUACACCGGGGGCCCCGAGCUGGCGCGGGGGCGGCUGCUGUCGGACGUCCAGCGCCCGGGCGACCUCUUCUUCAACACCGGCGACCUGCUCUGCCGCGACGCUCACGGCUUCCUCACCUUCCACGACCGCACCGGGGACACCUUCCGCUGGAAGGGCGAGAACGUGGCGACCACAGAGGUGGCUCUGACGCUGGGAGCCUUGGAAUUCCUGCAGGACGUGGGCGUCUACGGGGUCACCGUGCCAGGGCACGAGGGGCGGGCGGGCAUGGCCGCCCUCGUCCCGCACCCAGACCGCAGCCUGGACCUCGCCCGCCUGCACGCCCACGUCACCGAGAUGCUGCCGCCCUACGCCCGCCCCCGCUUCCUGCGCCUCCAGGCGGCCCUCCCCACCACAGAGACUUUCAAGCAGCAGAAAACCCGCCUGGCGGGAGAGGGCUUCGACCCGGGCGCCGUGUCGGACCCGCUGUUCGUCCUGGACCAGGAGGCCGGCGCCUACGUGGCCCUGACCCCGGCCCGCCACCGGGCCCUGCUGGACGGACGCUUCCGCCUCUGACCCUGGGCCGCCAGGCCCCGGCGGGGCGGGGAGGAGGAUGGGGGCGGGCGGGGGGUGGGACGCGGCGGCUUUGUAAUAAACCGAGGCCGGAUCCCUGGUCCCUCCUGUC